CCUGAAUCAGCCUUUACGCUUACGCGUUUGGAUGCUCAUCUAAACAUGAGUAAGAGACGACAACGUGCCGAGCAGCAGCGUGUCCUCUCUGCCUCCAAAACUUAAACACUUCCUCAUAGGAAGGUGACCGAACUUUUCUUUUUGUCAGAACAAACCGAUCUCCCACGAAACUGUUAUUGGACUUAAAAGCUGAAUUUCCACAUAAUUCCACGGAGGAGAGCAGAGGAGGCUGAACACGGAAGAAAAGGGAGGGGUCUAGUGAAGUGUGGGUUGACUGAGAACUCUUGACUUCAGACUGAGAAGGGCCUCAGCUGUCUGUGCCAGCACCAGCUCUGCAGCAUCCACUCCAUUAGGUUUUUCCUGCUGACUGAUUACACAGAAGUGUGUUCUUAAGGAAUAAGAGACUGCAGUCUGAUCUGAGUAUCCCAGUAUUGUUCUUCUGUUCAUCUUCCUUCAAGCAGCAGAUACCAAGAUGCAGCAGCUGGAGGACGACAAGCCAAAGAAGAGGGUGACAGCGUACCUCCUCUACUGUGUUUCAACAGCUGUCAUCGGCUCUCUACAGUUUGGCUACAACACCGGGGUCAUCAAUGCACCCGAGCAGAAACUGCGUGCCUUUUUUGACAAUGUGUCCAUCGAUCGGUAUGGGGAGCCUUUCACGCCUGGAGGUAACACCAUGGUGUGGAGCUUUGCUGUCGCUAUCUUCAGUGUGGGAGGCAUGGUAGGCUCUUUCUCUGUUGGAACCAUGGUCAACACAUUCGGCAGGCGAAAGUCCAUGCUGAUAACUAACAUCCUGGCUCUGGUGGGCGGUGGUCUAAUGGGACUGUCGGCUCUGAGUCGAUCCUUCGAGAUGGUCAUUGUCGGCCGGUUGUUCAUCGGUGUGUUCUGCGGUCUGUGCACGGGUCUGACACCCAUGUAUGUGGGCGAGAUCUCCCCCACUGCUGUCCGGGGAGCAUUUGGUACACUGCACCAGCUGGGCGUAGUUAUCGGCAUCUUGGUAGCACAGAUCUUUGGUCUGGAGUUUUUGCUGGGCUCAGAUGAUCUGUGGCCGCUGCUGCUUGCUGUGACCAUCCUGCCUGCCAUACUGCAGACCAUCCUGCUGCCCUUCUGCGCCGAAAGUCCCCGUUACCUCCUCAUUAUCCUCAAAGAGGAGGAGGAGGCCAGAAAAGCACUGGUGCGUCUCCGUGGUUGUGAAGAUGUGGAAGACGAUAUUCAGGAGAUGAGGGAGGAAGGGAUGAAGAUGGCCAUGGAAAAGAAAGUGACAGUCCUGGAACUGUUCCGGUCUCCAAACUACCGUCAACCGAUUAUCAUCGCCAUCAUCCUGCAGCUCUCUCAGCAGCUGUCUGGCAUCAACGCCGUGUUCUAUUACUCUACAGGCAUAUUUAAAACCGCUGGUGUGACUCAACCCAUCUACGCCACCAUUGGAGCUGGAGUGGUCAACACUGUGUUUACUGUUGUGUCUCUGUUCCUGGUUGAACGAGCAGGACGAAGGACGCUGCAUAUGAUUGGACUGGCUGGAAUGGCCGUCAGCGCUCUCAUCAUGACUAUCUCACUGUCUUUAGUGAAGACCAACACGUCUCUAAGUUAUCUGGCUAUUGUGGGUGUAUUUGGCUUCGUUGCCAGUUUUGAAAUGGGUCCGGGUCCCAUCCCCUGGUUUAUCGUGGCUGAGCUCUUCUCCCAGGGGCCUCGACCCGCUGCCAUGGCCGUCGCUGGCUGCUCCAACUGGACUGCCAACUUCCUCGUGGGGCUGGGUUUCCCUAAAAUGGAGGAGAUUUGUGGUCCAUAUGUCUUCCUCAUCUUUAUGGUCCUUCUUAUCGGGUUCUUCAUCUUCACCUACCUGCGAGUCCCUGAGACUAAAGGAAGAACCUUUGAUGACAUCGCGAAAGGGUUCUCAGCCAAACCUGCCCACUCUCCAGUACCCGAGGCAGUGGUCGUCGCCACGCUAGAAAACAAAGAACCUACUCCUUUGUCCCCAACAGAAAAGGUUCCCAUGGUUGAUCUUCCUCCAGGGGGUCAAUGAAGAGUUGUAGAGAAGAGCCCAUCUAUAAGUACUAAUGCAGAACAAAAGGUUUUAGUUUUUUAGUAGUGUAAGUGUUUUUUAAGAGAUUGCCCAGUCAGAAAUAGCUUGAAUAAUUGAUAAAGCGCCCAGUAAUUCAAACCAAAAUUAACUGUGCUACCGGUACUUCUGAGGACAUUCUCAGUGCUGACUCUGCAUCCAUUGUGCCACAUAAGAGGAUCAACAUGUGUUCAAGUUCUCAGAUGCCCUCAGUGUUAAAAGGUCAAAGGCUUUAGGGGUUUUAUGAAUUGAGGUCAAGCCGGAAAAGCUGAUUUUGGAACAAAAAAAAAAAAUUGUUUUAGUUUGACCUAAAAAAAUUACUGACUUCCUUUGUGCCUGUGUAAAUGUUCCCACUGCCAGCUUUGAGGGAACCUCGUUCAAUAUCAUGUAAACACGGAGGAGGUUAUGGCAAUCCAUCUCACCUAUAGGUGCAGAAAAAAAGCCAAGAUUAUAGACUGGACAUGCCUAUUUUUAAGCUCCAAAAUCUCCUGACAAUAGAUGACAUCUGUAUUCGUUGUCUGGGUUCAGCUGAGUUUGUGCUGAUAAAGAGGUGGAACAAGGCCAGCUCUGUAAAAGGUGUUGUACACAUAUACCACUUGGAUAAGAAAGUCGUUGUUGAGCACUGCCAAAUCUGAACAAAGCCUCUUUAAAGGCACGCUCCUGUUAAAAACACAAGCUUUCCUGCUUUAGUUUCAGGAUUUCACUUUAGGGAACAACCACAAUUACAGUAAAUGUUGUUUACAGCACGCAUGAAAUGUUAGAUUAAACAACUCAGGUGGCUUAAAGUGUGCAUUUUUAGAAAUAAAUUCUAGUUAUUAUAUUUUAAAUAAAUUUAGAAAUUUAUUUAAAAUGAUUUCAUCAUCAGUUGUACGUUUAGGAACAGAAAAUGACUGCAUUAUAGGUCAAAAAUCACCUUACAGGUUAUUAAGACAUCCUUUUAAAGUGUUUGUUUUAUGAAAUGGUUCGUUCUCAUUUGAGAUAUUUAUGGAAACAUCUUAGUGUCUCCUGAUAACUGAAUGCACAUCUCACUGAAAGCAAGACAUUAGCCGCAGGAUACCGUGUGCUAAAUAAAAACACUAAAUGUCUUGUAUUUAUUUAAGUGGUUAACGCACAAAAAUUUUCCAUUUCAUGCAUUUGUUUGUGAUUGUCUUAAAUUAUGUGUAUAUACUGUUGAAUGUCACGUCAUCAUAAUCAGAGAUUUUAGCGUGCUAUAACAGGCCUGUAAAUAUGGCGUCAAUGUUUUUACUGCUCUGCACCUUCUAAUGUGGACACACUGGAAAAAUGCACUUUUCUUGUUUGAGCUAAAUAGUUUGCAUUUUCUGAGCAGUCCGACUACCUUUUAAAAGCUGUCUAUAAUCUGUGUGCUUGACUUUCUAUAUAUGUAAAUAUACUUGACUUGUAUGGUUGUGGUUAUUUGCUCCUGGAGAUUCCUUUAAAGUCUGUUACUUUCGCUCUGAAUUAUCUUGCACUCAACACUGUUGCUACAGCGAUCACAAUGAUCACAAUGACCACAAUGAUGUUGCUCUGAAGUUCUCCACAGUAUUCACUUUUGUGAGAUGUACAUUUUGCUCUUUCAUUUUUUUUUAUUGUGUGUUAAUAAACAUGAACUAAAAGUCA